AAGGUUUACAAUAUUAUACUUGAAUAUGGUUCAUUUAAUGGUAAUUAAACUUCCGGUCAUCAUUAUUAUUUAAAUUAGUUUCAAGCUCAAUGGACAAUAUGUUAAGGCAGUAAAAAGCAAACCUCACAUAUCAACAUUAUUAUAGCUAAUAAAUCUGAAGAAGAUGAAAGGAAAAAAUCUAAUGACUUGUAACAUCAUUUAUAUUGUUCAAUAUAUUUUUUACCAAUAAUUUAAUCUUGAUUAAGCAGAAAUACAAAUUGGAACACUUGAAAUCUCAAAAUUAGAAUGAUUUGAUUUUCAUUUGAAACAAUUGAAGAUGAGAUUCUUGGUUUUUUGUUUUUCUUCAUUGCUGUAAAAUUUAUGAUUCUAUGUCUGUCAAUUGAUCAUCGGAAACAAUUAAGAAAUGAUUAUCAAGAUAUGAUAGGGUUAGUCUCCAUGGUGAUCAAUGAGACUGUUGAUUGUUCAGUUGAAAUGAACGUAAAACAAAACAAAACAGUUUACCGAUAGUUUCAUUAUAUUUUCAUCUUCGUUUUUUUUGUUUACUUGUUGGUUUCACAUGCAAACCAGAAAUUGUUAUAUUUAAGUUUGCCUGUAAGUUAAAUUUAAUAGCAAUUCAUAAUUGAGUUUGUUUUUGGUAAAUUUUUCAACUUUUGCAAAAUGAUCAAUAAAACAAUGUUUCAUCAUUGAUUCAUUGUCAAUUGUGGUUGGAAAUUUCAAUGGAACCAGAAAAUAAAGAAGAAGCUGAAAUAAUCGAAGGAUCGGGUGAAAUUUGGAACGAUCAAGAUGAUUUUGAGAAUCGCAUUUUAAAAGAUUCAGCUUACUUUAUGAGCCAAAGUUUAAAGGCACAAAAAGCGACCCUCUUGGUUGGUUGGGCUGUACUCAUAGGCAUUAUGCUGUUGGUUGCACUGGUUUGCUUGAACUAUUUCAUCUGGAAAUCGAGGCGACCUCAACACCAAUCAGAUAAUCUAUUACAAUCAAAAACACUCGACUUUGAUCAACUAUUGAAAACACAAACAAAAACUGUUAGACAACAAUCAAUAUCUUUACCAUCGAUUCCGCUUCAAAUUGCAACCUAAAACACCUUCAUUUGGAUAAUCAAAAUCGACUAACAAGAUGAUUAAAGAUUAAAGGCAUGAAAGGAUUCAAAUCAAAUGGCAAAGGAGUGUUAAUUACAACUCUAUUAAACAUCAAUGAUAAUGUCAAGUCAACAUAAGUGUUAAACUGUCCGAUUUCAAAGGAUAUGGAUGUCAACUAUCAUUGCAAGAACCCAAACAAUUGGCUAUGAUUUUGUCUUUUUUUUACAAUUUUUAACUUCAAAUGAUUCUUCUCUUCCCUGAAAUGGUUCUUAAAUAAAUGUUUCAAAUUCAUUCUUAACCAUCUAUGCAAAUCUUAUCAAAAUUAACUAUUGUAUUAGACCAACAAUGCUCUUUCACCCGAUUUCACCAGUUUUCAUAAAAAUGUAAAUGUAGAUUCAUUGUAAAGUAUUGACAAUCAAUCGAUAAAAUGAAUGUUUUAAGCUUCACUUUGUUAGAUUAUUUCUGGUCAUCAUAUGAUUUAAUGAUGAUAUUUCUGGUAAAAACUGAUUUUAAAUGUACAACUGAAUUGUUAACUGUGUGUGAUGUGAACUCAUCUGGUCUGUAUUUUGAAUGUUAUUGUGAAAAGUUAAGAAAAGGUUGAAAUUAAUUGCCAAGUAUAUUUUUAAAUCUACAUUUUUAAAAUUGUAGUUGCAAAUUGUGUAUUUCAUCAAUAAAACCAACUUAUCAUGUUACUAUUACUGGAAUCAUAUGAAUUGGAAGAAAGGAAGAGUUAAUUGUUUUGAUAUCUUUCACCAUGGAUCAAUUUUUGGAUCAAUAUUGUAAUAUUUACAAUUUGGAUUGUCUUGUGUGUUUGGGAAAAGCAGAUUUAAAUAAAUAAUUUUAAAUUUAAAAGUAAAUUUGGCUAAUUUUAUGAUCAAACCAAUGGUUAAAUCAAUGAUCAAUUCAACCACUUUGGAGCUUCUAAAGGUGAGAUUCAGGUUGAUUGGAGAUUCCUUUGAAUAGUUGAAGGUUUUCACAUUAUGUAAUUGUAGCUAGUGUGUGAUUUAAAUGAGACAAUUACUAAUUGACGUAAGUGAUUUAAAAAUGGAUUGUACUUGGAGUGUUAUCUGGAUGAUUAACACGUAAAGAAUCAACAUGUAAAUAUUACAAGUGCAUCUUCAAUUGUGUUUUAGGCAAAACAUGUAAAUUGUAUGAUUAGUGUUAUUAUAUCAACUAUUAGCUUUGAUGGCGAUUUCAAUGAAAUUUAUUCAAUAGACUGCAGCUUUGUAGGAUAAAAUCAGACUGUUCAGAGUUGGUGAUUUAGUUUAACAUUCAAUUUUUUGUUGUCCUCUUGGUUAGAUAAUGUAAUGAGAUAUUUCAGGGUAAAGAAUGAAAAUGUUAAUGUGAAUGAUUUAGAGAAUUGAAUCUUGAGAGAAAAACAUUGAAUAUGAAAUUGUUAUCUUGUACAAUAGGAUGUAUGGAUAGACUUGAAUUGACUUUUGUUAAUCAACUCUCUUUUUCCAGAUUAAACAUGGAAAGAUGAACAAGAUGAAAAUGAUGACGAGGAUCAUGAUGAUAAUGAUAAUGAACAUGAUUCCUGGCGGGAAAUCAGAUGGAGUUAAAUGAUGUCAACAAAAGAAGAGAGUAAUCAAUAUGUUGCCUUGAGAUUUCAUCUAAAUCUAUUUGUAAAUCUAAAUCGGUACAAACUUGAUGACAUUGGGAAAAAAUAAAAUCAAAAUGUCAACCAAGUAAACUCUGCUUUCUUUAUAUUUGCCUGUUUUAAUCACAGUUAAAUUAGCAUAAACAAAUUAACAGAUAUUUAAUAACUGUUUAAAAUAAUCCAUUGUAAAUAUGAUUGUAUAAAUUAUGAGCUACCUUUAAUAAAACCAUUAAAAUGUAACAAUUUUUUUGCGUGAAAUAAUCAACAAGCUAAUCUUACUAUUGACAUUUGAUCAAAGUAUGACUAUAUUGGGUUCACAACAAUUAGAUACAAGUAGCUCAAUAAUUACCCAAACAUUGGGGUCAACAUGAGGAAAAGCUUUUGGAAAGAUGAGUUUGAGGUAAUGAAGAUGAAAAGGUUUGAUGAGAGAUGCAAUGAGAAGGAGUUAGAGGAAGAUAAAGAUGAAGAUUAACAGGUUAUGAAUAGGGAAUGAAAAGAGCCACUUUAACCCCUAAGAACAAGUCAGACCAGGUCAGUCUGGUUUUGGACUGGGUUACCAGGCCAGGGUUAACUGUUGUUACGUGGUAAUAUUGAUCAACUAUUCAGUAUAACUUCAUCUUUCAUUUCAUUCAUCAGUUGACCAAAAAUUAAAUCAUGAUCAAUACAAUUGGUUAUUAUCUUGCUUUAGUGUUUACCAUAUUUUCAGUGUUAUUCUUGUUUACCUGGUUAACCAUUUAUCAAUCGCUAACAUGGCUACUGUUUCUUGGGUUAAUUUUGUACAUUUCAGUUUGCCUGGCAAAUAUUGUUUGGCCUAAAAUUGAGGCUAUUCCGAAGGAAUUGAUUGAACCUAAAAACAAAGCUGUGCUCAUUACUGGAUGUGAUACUGGGUUUGGUAAUAAAUUGGCUCAACGGUUGGCUCACUAUGGAUUCUAUGUGUUUGCUGGUUGCUUACAACCUGAAGGACCUGGGGCCAAUCAACUUCGCAAAAGUUGCCGUAAUGCUGUCAAGAUUAUCAAGUUGGAUGUAACAAGUGAAGAUGAUGUUAAGGCUGCUAUUAAAGUGGUCGAAGAGCAAUUGAAAGGACGGCAACUAUGGGCUAUUGUUAAUAAUGCUGGAAUAUUGAUUUCAACCGAGGUUGAAAUGGGUGAUAUGACGAGUUUCAACCGUCAAAUGGAGAUCAAUUGUUUGGGUACAAUUAGGGUUACCAAAGGAUUUGUACCUUUGAUAAGACAAAGUGGCUCAAUUGGUGGUCGAGUUAUCAAUGUGGGUUCAAUUGCGGGGAGACAUUGUAUUCCUGGAAUGGUUGCUUAUUCAGUUUCUAAGGCGGCUGUCAUUUCAUUUAGUGAAGGAUUGAGACGAGAGCUUAAAAAGUGGUCCAUUGAUGUUAUAACUAUUGAACCUCAUCUUUUUAAAACCAAUUUAACCAAUGAUGAAGUUCAGAAGAAGUGUCUAGAGGAAGCUUGGAAAGUAACACCAGAAUCGGUGAAAUCAGAUUAUGGUGAAGCUUAUCUACAAGGUUAUCAAAAGUUUUUAAAUGCUGUCUUGGAUUCAGCUAGACCUCAGGUUGAUUCAGUUGUUGAUACAAUGGUUAUUGCGGUAACCCAUGCAUUUGUUUCACCAUCAUACAGAGUUAUGGGACAUUUGGAGCGGAUUCGGGUUGCUGCCUACGAUUACCUGCCUAUUCGUCUCUUGGAUCUCAUAUCUCACCAUUUAGCAACCCUUUACACAGGUAAACCAGCUUUGGGUAAACCAGAAAAGGAAAAGUCACCAUAAAAUAGGUUGUCUCUCUUGUUGCCUGGUUCACAACCAAAUCGUGUUAUUUAUAACAUCUUUGAAACUGUGUGAGCUAAUAACUGUAACCUUGAUUAACACAAUCUAAUAGAUUUACAAUUUAUUCAUUAUUGUCAUUAUUGACCAUAAAAAAGCUGGUCAGUCUAUAUAACUCAGUUUUUCAUUCUGCAUUCUCUAUGAAUAACAUAUCACUGGUUUAAUUUUGACGUUAACCCGAUUUUAUUAUUUGUUUAAUGCUUCAGAUAAAAGGAUCUGAUUGCGUAAACUCAUUGAGCUUUUUAAGAAUUCAUGAAUCGUCAAGAAUUGAAACAAAUUAGCUCAAUUACAUAUAAAACAGAAUAAAUGUAUCAAGAUGAUAACAUGUUAAACAUUGAAUUGACAGCGGAAAUGUACAGCAUACUUUGAUUCAAUAUUUAAUCACCUAUUAUUGGAUGCAUAAGAUAGAAAUAUAUUUUUAUCGAACCUAAUCAAUAUAUAAAUAUAUUAAUAAAAAAAAUGUAAAAAUUAACCAACUGGAAAUUGCAUAGACUUUGAAAUUGAUUGUAUACCUUGAAAUGAACAAGAAUGUAAACGAAAUGAGGUGAUUGGAUAUAAUUGCAGGAUAACCAGAAUAUUACGGAAAACAU